GAGCCGCUGUCCCGGGCCUGGCCCGUGCGCGUCCGCCUGCUGAACCUGGGCACAGCCGGCCGCCUGGGCACGGGACUGGGCGGGGGCGCUGACCUCGGCCUAGGAGGCCUGGGAUCCUGGAGCCGUCCGCGCCCGCGGGGGCCUGCGAGUCGCACGCCCCUCCCGGAGUCUGUGCUGCUCGCCCUUCCACGGCGGGGCGAGGCCAGGUGCCCCCUUCUACCCCUCUCUUUUCUCCCUGCUCCACUCCCGUGCUAGAGGGAGAUCCUGCCCGCCCGCCCUCUUUCUCAGGGGUGUAGCCGGCUGCGGAACUGACAGCGGCCCCGUAGCCUCCCUGUCCAAACUCUCCGGAAGCGGCCCGGGCAAACUGGGCGCUGAGGCCGCCCCAACUCCAGCGGACCCACUGUUGGACCGGAGGCGACGGCCCUCCUCUCGAGCCCAAACUUGGAACAUUUGACCUUUAGCUGUCGGAGGAGGCAGGCACUCGAGUGCCUGGACAGCUGCGGCGCCUCGAGGGCAUCUUGCCUGGGGGUUCUAGGACCGACGGCUGCACUCCCGGGCUCCGGGCUUUGCCUCUGGGAUCCCGAGGUGUCCACAUCAGGUGCAUGCUGACUGAGACCUGGAGUCAUGGAUGUGUGCGCGCGUCUUGCCCUGUGGCUCCUCUGGGGGCUCCUCCUGCAUCAUGGCAAGAGCCUCAGCCAUAGCCACAGCGAAAAGGCGACAGGAGCCGGCUCGGGCGCCAAUAAUGAGGAGUCCACUGAAGCAGAGUUUUGCCGGAUUGACAAGCUCCUGUGCCACAGUGAGGAUGAGAAGCUCAGCUUUGAUGCAGUCCGCAGCAUCCACAAGCUGAUGGAUGAUGAUGCCAAUGGUGAUGUGGAUGUGGAAGAAAGUGAUGAGUUCCUGAGGGAAGACCUCAAUUACCAUGACCCGACAGUGAAACACAGCACCUUUCAUGGUGAGGAUAAACUCAUCAGCGUGGAGGACCUAUGGAAAGCAUGGAAGUCCUCGGAAGUAUACAACUGGACCGUGGAUGAGGUGGUGCAGUGGCUGAUCACAUAUGUGGAGCUGCCUCAGUAUGAGGAGACCUUCCGGAAGCUGCAGCUCAGUGGCCAUGCCAUGCCAAGGCUCGCUGUAACCAACACCACCAUGACAGGGACUGUGCUGAAGAUGACAGACCGGAGUCAUCGACAGAAGCUGCAGCUGAAGGCUCUGGACACAGUGCUCUUUGGGCCUCCUCUCUUGACCCGCCAUAAUCACCUCAAGGACUUCAUGCUCGUGGUGUCUAUCGUUAUUGGUGUGGGUGGCUGCUGGUUUGCUUAUAUCCAGAAUCGUUACUCCAAGGAGCACAUGAAGAAGAUGAUGAAGGAUCUGGAGGGGUUACACCGAGCUGAGCAGAGUCUGCAUGACCUUCAGGAAAGGCUGCAGAAGGCCCAGGAGGAGCACCGCACAGUGGAGGUGGAGAAGGUACAUCUGGAGAAGAAGCUGCGUGAUGAGAUCAACCUUGCCAAGCAGGAAGCCCAGCGACUGAAGGAGCUGCGGGAGGGUACUGAGAAUGAGCGGAGCCGCCAAAAAUAUGCUGAGGAGGAGCUGGAGCAGGUUCGAGAGGCCUUGAGAAAAGCAGAGAAGGAGCUGGAAUCACACAGCUCAUGGUAUGCUCCAGAGGCCCUUCAAAAGUGGCUGCAGUUGACACAUGAGGUGGAGGUGCAGUACUACAACAUCAAGAAGCAAAAUGCCGAGAAGCAGCUGCUGGUGGCCAAGGAGGGGGCUGAGAAGAUAAAAAAGAAGAGAAACACACUCUUUGGCACCUUCCACGUGGCCCACAGCUCUUCCCUGGAUGAUGUGGAUCACAAAAUCCUAACGGCUAAGCAAGCUCUGAGUGAGGUGACAGCAGCACUGCGGGAGCGCCUGCACCGCUGGCAGCAGAUUGAGAUCCUCUGUGGCUUCCAGAUUGUCAAUAACCCUGGCAUCCACUCAUUGGUGGCUGCCCUCAACAUAGACCCCAGCUGGAUGGGCAGCACACGCCCCAACCCUGCCCACUUCAUCAUGACUGACGACGUGGAUGACAUGGAUGAGGAGAUUGUAUCACCCUUGUCCAUGCAGUAUGCUGCCUGGCUGAUGGGGCGUAGGUUCAGUGACCGCUCUCUCUGCUCAACAUCCGCCGGCUCGGAUGAUCAGUCCCUCUGGAAAUACCCGGCCCCAAGCCUGCAGAGCAGUGUCCGGCAGCGCCUGACGGAGCCACAGCAUGGCCUGGGAUCUCAGAGGUUGGUAGAGGGUGAGGCUGGCCACUUCUUGACAAGCCGGGCAUCUCUGCGGCGAAUGCGCAGCCUUUCAUCUGGACAGUCUUUCAGUUCUGAAGGCCACGGGACCAGCUCUCCAUCUGCCUCUGCUUCUUCCUGCUCCUCUACCACCACCACCACCACCACCACCACCACCACCACUACCUCCUCUUCCUCCUCCUCCUCCUCCAUCACCACCAUCCAUGUCCACCCUGUUUAUUACCACCAAAGCACUUCCUACUUCCUCCAGAUGGAGCCUUACCCUGACCCACCCACUUCUGACAGUACCGCUGUGAUGCCUGGGCAUUCAGAGAGCUUGGGGGAUUUGACCCAUUCCGAUUCGGAGUCCUCCCUCCACAUGAGUGACCGCCAGCGUAUGGCCCCCAAGCCUCCUCAGAUGGUUCGUGCUGCAGAUGAGGCUCUCAAUGCCAUGACUUCCAACGGCAGCCACCGGCUGAUUGAGGGGGUCCACCCAGGGUCUGCGGUGGAGAAACUGCCUGACAGUCCUGCCCUGGCCAAGAAGGCACUACUGGCGCUGAACCAUGGGCUGGAUAAGGCCCACAGCCUGAUGGAGCUGAGCCCCUCAGCCCCACCUGGUGGCUCUCCACCUCUGGAUUCUUCCCAUUCUCACAGCCCCAGUUCCCCAGACCCAGACACACCAUCUCCAGCAGGAGACAGCCGAGCCCUGCAGGCCAGCCGAAAUACACGCAUUCCCCACCUGGCUGGCAAGAAGGCCAUGGCUGAGGAGGAUAAUAGCUCCAUUGGUGAGGAGGCAGACUCCAGCCCAGGCCGGAAGAAGUUUCCCCUCAAAAUCUUUAAGAAGCCUCUUAAGAAGUAGGCAGGAUGACGGUGGCAGUGGCAGGACAGCUUGUCCUUCCUUGGUCUUCUGCCUCCCCUUUCCUGCCUUCCAAGAUACCUGGCGCCUAGAGUGGGGCAUGGGAGGGGUUGGCCCAGGGGCCUGGGCACUGUAGAUACCUGCCCCCCUCAUCCUUGGGUCCUUCAACAUUAUUUAUUAACUGACCACCAUGGCCUGCCUGCCCUGCCUCCCUCCCAACCAUGGGCUGCUGCUAUUGCUCCCUCUCCACUUCAGUGCAUGUCUUAGUUGCUGCCCCCUCAGCUACCAGCUCCACCUCUGAGGUCCAGCUUCUGUCUCUGCUGUCCCAGUUUUGAAGUUUGGUUUCUUGUUUUUCUCUGUCUCCUGCUUUCAGGUUCCUUCCUCCCACCACUCCCUAAGUUCCCCUAGCAGCAAGGGGGGAAGAUAGGAGGAGUAACUUCUGACACUUGUGCCUCAGAUCUAUUUCACCCCACCUAUGAUGGUUUUCUUUGCCCCAAACUGGGUCCUAGGGCCUAAUAUUUGAGGUUUGUUUUUUGGGAGUAAGGUGGGCCAGAGGAAACCUCAGUCUGGAGCUCACUUAGGCCUCCAGGGAGUGAAACCAGUUCCCAGAGAACAAGCCACUAGAGAGUUUUGAAGAGAGGCCAUGCUAAGGGAUAGAUAGGGAGACACUUCUCUUAGUUGGAGGAUGAGUAGAUGCCAGAGUUUGGGGCUACAAGGCAGUCACCUUUUGUCUCUUCUCUCACCCACACUUGCGUCUCUUAUCCCUGCUCUCCCACACUGCAGGAGAGUUUGUUUAUAAGAGGUGCUGCCCAAAAGCUCCCCAAGCAUCGGUAGUCCUGGUGUUCAGGACAAUUGGCUCCUCUGGCCAUGGGAGCCUCAGCUAUGAUACAGGGCUCUUCUAAUGGGGGCCCUGGAGCUGUUGGGCAGGAUGUUGUUGCAUUUGAACCAAAAGACAGUUUAAAAUUGAAAAAAAGAAAUCUCCUGAAUUUCCCAAGUGCCUGCACCACAUACCCCCUUUGUCAGACCCCAUUUUCAUGUUACUGCAUAACCUGGGCUAGAGGCUCAAAAAGGACACAGCCAAUUUAGGGAAGGGGGUGAUUAAGGAAGAAGGUGUAGGUGAAGGUGGCUAUGUAACCACUUCCCCCCACCCUUCCCAGCCCCCAGACAACUCUCUCCCUUACCUGUUUUUGCUAUGGCUGUAAAGGUAUUUUCCCCUCUGUCCCACUCCCUGACAUGCCUUUACUCUGGGAUCCUAUUUUGGGCCUGGGGUGGGGGCACCUGGGGCUGGUCUUAGGAGGCAGCUAGGCUGCAGACUGCCUUGUACCCCCUGGACACCCUCACAUGGGUUUUUCUGUGUUAUUUCAUAAGACUCUUUGAAGUCCAAUAAAGCAUGUAGAAGAUUUUAAUCUCUGC